AGCUUCUGCACAUAUUCUCGACAUGAAGUUCCUCUGUCGUUCUUGAGUCAAGCUCCGCUCAGGCGACCCACGUUAGAAUAACAAGGCAACGCUGGUGCCUGGAGUAACGUACCUUGUCAAUUAGACUCCGGGCCUUGCCAGAUCAAGGCAGCCAUCUCCAUUCUAUUUUUUUCCAUUUCCUUCUCAAACCCUACCUUCAUCUUCCCCUUCACUCUGCACAUCCGGGACGUUCCAGCGCGCCCAAGUCCACUCUUUUACACCUCGAAGGGCUUUCGCAGUCGUCAUGGCGGCGUCCACGUCAAUGCUGGCUAUCGUGCUGGUCUCGAUUCUCGCGUUGUUCGUUCAGUUGACUGAAGCAAGUACACGAGGAUUCGUGCACUCUUUUGCUCCUGACAACACUAUCAGUACCUGUGGCAAACUCACGACCUACAUGAUGAAGGGCGCCUACGUGUCCGCGGAUGUGUGGUCACACUACUCUCUGUCCUGUAACGACGCCUUCCAUUUCAUCAACGUGACCGCGACAAAUCCGCCAUAUACCAAUGUCUACCUGCCUAUCAUCGGCGUCUGCGACGAGCUCGAUAAGCGCUGUAGAGGAGAUACCAUUUUACUUACGACCGCGUCUUGGCAAUACUACGACCCCAAGGGCACGUACGAUUUCUUCAUGGUCGACUGGGCUAUCGAUCGCUAUCUUGUUACAUAGCUGUUUCUUCUGUUCAGACCGCGUUGUAGCUUGUCUUGUUGUACUCGUUUGCUCAAUCUGAAGCGAUACGUUCUCUCCCGGGAACCUUGUUGGACGAAUAGGUCAAGUUCGGCAAAACGUGAAGACGUCAGAAGAUCAAUAAUAGGAUUAUGUGUUGUACUUUGGGCUACAGUUGAUGUACUCUACCUCAUGUCCGAUGAUACAAUAGAUAGAGAAGAUAAAUAGAAAUGCGAAUGAGUG